AUGAGCCAACAAGAGGACUUUGAACUUGCUCCUAUUGACCCCGAGAUUGAACGCACAUUCCGAAGAAGAAAAAGGGUUCAAAAGGCUAAGGGCCGAGACAUCAUGGCUGAGAAUCUUGAUGAUGAUGGGAUUGCUCAACAAAUUGUUAAUCCAAUCAUAUUGGCAGAUGAUCGAGUGAGGGCUAUACGAGAGUAUGCAGCCCCCAUGUUUAAUGAGCUCAAUCCAAGAAUUGUGAGGCCUGAAAUACAAGCACCGCAGUUUGAGCUCAAGCCAGUGAUGUUUCAAAUGCUCCAAACCGUGGGACAAUUCAGCGGGAUGCCAACUGAAGAUCCUCACCUCCAUCUCCACCGAGCUAGAUCAUGGCUGAAGACUUUGCCUCCUGAUUCUGUUACCAAUUGGAAUGACCUUGCUGAGAAGUUUAUGAGGAAAUACUUUCCUCCUACUAGAAAUGCAAAAUUCAGAAGUGAGAUAAUGUCUUUUCAGCAACUUGAAGAUGAAUCCACGAGUGAUGCGUGGGAGAGGUUUAAGGAACUUUUGCGAAAGUGUCCACAUCAUGGCAUUCCACAUUGUAUUCAAAUGGAGACUUUUUAUAAUGGCUUGAAUGCAGCUUCUCGAAUGGUGCUAGAUGCAUCGACCAAUGGUGCUAUUUUGUCGAAGUCUUACAACGAAGCAUUUGAGAUUUUUGAGACCAUUGCAAGUAACAACUACCAAUGGUCCAACACAAGAGCUCCGACAAGUAGAAAAGUGGCGGGGGUCCUUGAGGUAGAUGCAAUAACAGCUUUGACAGCUCAAAUGGCUUCCAUGACGAAUGUUUUGAAGAAUUCGAGCAUUGAGAACGCUAAAAAUAUUCAACCAGCUGCUACCAUUCAAAGUGGUGAUGUCUCAUGUGUGUUUUAUGGAGAAGGGCAUGUGUUUGAGAAGUGUCCAUCUAAUCCGGAGUCUGUUUGUUAUAUGGGAAAUCAGAAUUUUUAUAGAAACAAUGGGGCUUUCUCAAACUCUUACAAUCAAGCAUGGAAGAAUCAUCCUAAUUUGUCUUCGGGGGGGGGGGGCAUCAAGGAGCAAGCUCAAGCACCGCACCAGCCCAAGAAAGACAAGCAUAUCCACCGGGUUUUUCACAACAACCGCGACAUUCACAACAUGCUCAAAAUUCUCAACCGAGUUCUUUGGAGAGUCUAA